AUGCCCUCUCACACUGGCACCGGUCUGCCUGUAGCAUGGGUCAAUGGCGGACCUGAAGAACAACAACCUUUACAGUUGGUUUUGCGAAACGCAGUGGUUUCAAGGGUUAAUUGGGAUGCAUGCCAAUUAACCUUGCAGGCCCUGCACACUUGCCUGCAAAAGGAUAAUUGCCGCACUUGGAUGGUGUGGCACACCCACCUUCCAAAUCUAAUGCAAUUGACCUCACAUUAUUCGAAUGAGUCUCCUCAGGCUAUCAACAUCCUGGGUGCUGCUUGGAAAGCUUUGAUCAUGCGGUGUAGUGGCCUUUGGGAGAGAAUUUUGAAUGGGCCAUCCGUCGAAGCCCAGCAGCUGGACGAAUUCGAACUGAUGGAACAAGAUCUGUUGUUCCAUGAAGAGGAGAUCAUGCGGAACAACAUCGACCUUCUUGAAGAGGAUAUGCGAGAUAACCUGUUCCUAAUUGACGAUGAGGAACAUUUGGAUGAGGAGAUACGGAUUACUUGA